AUUGAUUUUCUAGUGGCUACCUUGGCUGUGGACUGCAGCACGCUUCCUGACGGUGUCUAUGAGGCCGGAUGUAGGUCCUUUGCCAGAUGUACAGGGGCUGAGGUCACCAUUGUUGACUGCGACAAAGGAAACGUCUUCAACAACGCAACCGGAAGUUGUGACGAUCCCCAUAAUGUCCCACCUCCCUGUGGCGUCAUGAGGGAUUGCUCAAACAAGAAGGACGGGAAAUACGCAGAUAUGGAUCAGCACUGUAGCAGCUAUUAUACCUGCUUCGCUGGAAAAUUCCUCGGCCAUAACGUAUGUCCUGCAAAUUUGGUCUUCAAUGAAGAAUUACAAACUUGUGAUUGGAAAGACAAUGUCAAACCACCUUGUGGAUCCAAAACGUCAUAAAUAACUUCUAGGAUUCCUUAAAAAAAGAAUUUUAAUAUAUAUCAUUCGAGUAAAUCAUCGGAUAAAAAGAUUAUGGGAAAGAUUGGAUAGUUUUCUUCAUGCUUACCGUACGUUUAUUUAUGUUUCUCGUGUGAAAACUUGAUCAUGUGACCUAUACUUUAAAAAAAAAUUUUGUUAGUUAUCAGUUUUAAUGUAUAUUUAUUUCUGUCUGUUUCUGUCUAUAUACUUCAUGUAGCUCCUUUAGCUUUGACAAACUAUACAAGAUCUUUCAAAAAUUACCCUGAUUGCAACAAAAAGUAUUUUGUGCUUAUUCACAUAUAAUAUGAAUAUAAGUGCAAUCGGUUGAAAAGAAGACUUCAAUUUAAUAUGUUACUUUUUCAUUAUAUGAGUAAAAUCUGGUGAUUUUGAAGAAAAAUCACUAAAAAGUUGAA